AUGGAACCACGGCGAGACUCGGAUUUCGAUCAUAUCUUCCUCCAUCCGACUGCAAACAACCGCUAUCGUGGAGGAGACUCAAUUGCUCUGUCGUCGCGGAAUAAUGCAGCAUAUCGCCGGCUAUCCUCUGAAGAGCCAUAUCUCCACCCGUCUGAGGCAUACGGCUCGCCAAAUCCCACCACUCCUCCAACUUAUCGAGAUGAAUCCAUCAGAGGGUUUGGACUAGGGAUUGGCCAGCCCGGGAACAGGCCUGUGGGUGGAAUGGGAGAAGAGGCAGACUUGGGCUACCAUCCAGCACAUCACGCAAGGAAUUUCAGCCAGUCUUCGCUGCUGAGAGAAGGCGCAAAUACUUCUCCAGACUUCUCUACAGCAUACAAUCGCCCAUCGCCUUCUAUAAAUUCAUCCUUUCAGUCUGAUGGGUCUGAUCCUAAUACAGUUCGUAUACUUGAGCCAGGAAAUGGACGGGAAUAUGACCGUCCUAGGCGUGUGAAGUGUCCAACACGGAGACAUGUUGUUCAGCGGCGAACGGCAUGGCUAUCAAUCACUAUAUUAGCGCUGGCGUUCUAUUCAACAGCAUUUUCUGCGAUAUACUUUGUCGUUGCUUGCAUGAAACCGCAUUAUGGGAACAAGAUCGGAGGCAAGGGGGGCCUUGCGCCGUCAACAGCGACUUUGUUAAGCGCCUUGUUUGCAAAGACAAUUGAGUUAUCAUUUGUCACCGUUUUCGUUGCUUUCCUAGGUCAGGUGCUCAGCCGAAAAGCCUUAGGCAAAAAUGCAGGAGGAAUUACAAUUGCCGAUAUGUCGAUGCGCACAUGGGUCAUGCAGCCGGGAACCCUAAUCACCCACUGGGAAAACGUCAAACAUUCGGCUCUUACCUUACUGGGGAUUAUUGCAAUGACAACGACCUUUGUUGCUAUGUUUUAUACCACUGCCGCCGAGGCAUUAGUCUCACCAAGACUCACGGCUGGCAUCCCUGAGACAAGGGAGCUUACGGGAGAGGUCAAAACUAAGUUUGCUAACGCCUCAUACUUAUUCAGUAAUUGUCAAAGCCCUGUGCCACUGGCUGUUGACCCAGAAAAUCGAGGCUCAACAUGCAUGCAGAUUGCGUUUUCCGGGAGAACGUUUCAUAACUACGAGCAGUAUCUGGGGAAUUGGACUGAAUUUAGUGCUACUCAAGGCUCAACCGACAUGCUUCUUCGUCCUCCACCAAGUGGUACCUGGUACGACAACACAACCGUGAAAGGAAGCUGGAUCGAGCCUUACAAUAUGACCGACUUGUCUAUCAAAUGGGGUCGGAUGGUUGUCAACGUCACAGCAGCAAUGCCGCACGCUGGCGUAUUUUCAGCAGCCAGGCAGCCCCAGAACAACAUCCGCUUACCAGAGGAUCUUGGAGACCAAGGAGGUUUUAACAUCAAAGCCGCUGUCCCAUCACCCAUUGUCAACGUGGUUUGCGCCGGCAUGACAGAGGAAGAGCUAGCUCCCAUUAUCUAUACCAAAUGGCCCCAUCCCAACUUUGAAUUUAAUGCUUCUACCUGGCUUAUGAACCAAACAUCGGACAUGCCCAAUUACCCGGAUUGGUUGAACGCUACGGUGGUCGAUGACAUUUUUGAAUUUGGCGAGAAGUUUGGUGACAGGGGCCAAAGACCACCUAUAUUCCCCAAGAUACCAGUAGAAUAUAAUACGAUUAUUAACGUGACAGGGAGGUUUGAAACGCACUCAAUCUACCUCCUAGGAACAUCCCCUCCAUCGAUAUAUCCACCUCAUUAUUUGUGCCAGUUGAAGGGAGGGCUGACACCUCAAUGCCUAACAAAAUACGAAGCGGCUUCCAGCGGAGGCGUACUCUAUUCCCAAUGCGGUAGCGCUGCUGACUCAAUGACGUACCAAUCACUUGCCCCCGAUGCACCUCGAAUUGUGAUCGAUAAAGACUGGAAGAAUGUUGCCGAGGAAUGGGCCAGGUCAAUUGCCCUGAACACGGGCCUUUCUGACGGCUAUGGGAGCAAUGCCCGUCUGCUAUCGCAACUAAUACCCAACUCGGACAUCAAGACAAAUAUCUCAUCCUUGAAUCCGCAUCUGCCCUCUGUUGCCGAAGCCCUAGCGGAAAUGGCCAGCGCGCUUCUAUUACUUGGGACACAGGACGCUACCUUCGAUAUUAGUAAGAAAUUUGCUGAUGCGCGAAUGGCGGGCCAGAACGAGUCUGUUUAUGAACGGUUUCAUGCAACAAUAUGGGCGUCAGACUAUGCCUCGGGAGCGAAUUCCCCACCAUGGCAGAAUGUGUUUUAUGCUGUGCUAGCACUCGUCCUGGUUACAAACCUCAUUUGUUCAGUUUACUUGUACCUGGCCUUCAGAGGUGUGCAAUUGACAGAUUUCACUGAACCUCAAAACACCUUGGCCCUGGCCCUUAAUAGCCCACCUAGCAUCCAUGUCAGUGGAGCUUGUGGUGCUGGGCCAGAAGGCAAACAGCUUACCCAGCGAUGGAUGAUUUCUAUGGACGAAAAGGAAGAACACUAUUACAUGAUCAGUGCAGAAGAAGCAGAAGCAGAAGAAGCCAGGCUUCGGCAGAGAGGGCCCUAUAAUCAUGAUUCGAUCGAUGACGAUAAUAUUGCUCAUAUGAAACAUGCGGUCAGCCCGAAAGUAUCGGAGUAUCGGAGGAUUUCACGCGCAAGCAGCUCCAUUUCAUUACUAGCAUAA